AAUAAAUAGGAUGUUUCGCCUUUGUGCGCCAUAGGGGAAAAAAAAGGCACAAACGCCACCUUCGCGGUAAACGGAGGAAAACAAACCGAGCGUGCCCCGCGCGCCUAGCACGAGAGCUGUCAGCUGUUGUGGAAGUACCUCGCGCUUUUAGAAGUAACUCAUCACAGGCUCGAGAGAGCGAGCGAGAGAUAGACACCCCGGAAGACAACCGGAAGACACUCAACCGAACCGGACAGGACAGCAUGAACCGUUUCAAGACGUCAAAAUUCAAAAACACCACCCCCAAAAUCCCUAAGAAAGAUGGUUGGAUCAGUAAUGUGCGUGCUGGCUCAUUCCCGUCCCAGGGGAACCACAUUAAAGCGAGCCCCAGGCUGGUGGCGUUCAACAUGGAGCAGGCCGGUGGAGGUAUGGUGGGCCUGACCUCCGUCAAACCAGGUUCAGAUGGCAAAUGGGCAGUCUCUCAGAUUCCCUGUCAUGCUGAUGUGGUGACCGAUCUGGACUUCUCCGCUUUCGAUGAGUGCCUCCUUGCAACUUGCUCUGCAGAUGAAACGGUGAAGCUGUGGCGUUUGUGUGAUCCAGAGCAGGAGCAGCCCAGCGGGGCGGAGAUCACCCUGUGUCCCGGGCAGGGGAGGCUGGAGCUAGUUCUCUUCCACCCCACCUCCUCUGGCCUGCUGGCUGUAGGCACAACCAAGACCCCCCAGUUGUGGGACACCGCCCGCCAGGACACACCGCUAGCAGUUCUUGAGGAGCACAGUGACCAGCUGCAAAGUCUGAGUUGGAAGCAAGAUGGCUCCCUGUUGGCGUCAUCCUGCAAGGACAAAAUGCUUCGAGUGUUUGAUCCCAGAGCCCAAAUGAGACCGGUUCAGAGUGCCAAGAGUCUUCAGAGCAACAAGGACUCACGCGUCCUCUGGGCCAAAGACGACCAGUUGCUGACAACUGGCUUCGAUAUGAUGCGUACCCGGGAGGUGAGGCUGUGGGACAGCAGGAAGCUGAGCUCGUCUCUGGGCUGCGUGUCCCUUGGUACAUCCAGUGGGUGA